AAUUAACUAUCCUCAGCACUGGGGCAAGAGUGGAUUUCUGUGUGUUUAUCAGUAGGCCUAGGACCUAGAAAGUUAAUUGGAUUGAAUGGAUGUUGGAUUCCACUUGAGCUCGGGACCAGCCUUUUACUAGUCAAUUUUCAAGAAAAUAUAUCAAAAAUAUGAAGUGAGCCACCAGCUUGUACCAGUGCCCAAUAAUAAGUUCAGAUGGGGGAAUCUGGAACAAAAGGUGAUAGAAUGAACAGUUUAUGGAGAGGAGAAACAGCAGUGUAAUUGGGAAGAAUGCAAUACUUGGUAGCAGAACCAGCUCCUGUUUGUUUUGGAAAGAGAGACACCACUAAAGAAAACCAGUGCCCUCAUUGCAGAGAUGGGGAUAAGCUUCUCAAAUGCAUAUGUGCCCAGUGCAUUGUGCUGUCCAAGCAGAGCUAGCAUCUUAACAGGAAAGUACCCACAUAAUCAUCAUGUUGUCAAUAACACUCUGGAGGGAAACUGCAGUAGCAAAUCAUGGCAGAAGAUACAGGAACCGUAUACCUUCCCAGCUCUCCUCAAGUCCAUGUGUGGCUAUCAAACAUUUUAUGCUGGGAAGUAUUUGAAUGAGUAUGGCGCCGAAGAUGCAGGGGGAAUAGGCCACGUUCCUCCUGGAUGGAGUUUUUGGUAUGCUUUGGAAAAAAAUUCAAAGUACUAUAAUUACACUUUUUCAGUAAAUGGAAAAGCACGAAGGCAUGGUGAGAACUACAGUGUAGAUUACCUCACAGAUGUACUGGCUAACAUGUCCUUGGAUUUCUUGGAAUAUAAAUCUAACUUUGAACCUUUCUUCAUGAUGAUCUCCACUCCAGCACCACACUCUCCCUGGAUACCUGCUCCUCAAUAUAAAAAGAGCUUCCAAAAUGUCAGUGCACCUAGAAACAGCAAUUUUAACAUUCACGGAAAGAACAAGCAUUGGCUAAUAAGACAAGCAAAGACUCCAAUGACUAAUUCUUCAAUACAGUUUCUAGAUGAUGCUUUUAGGAAAAGAUGGCAAACACUACUGUCAGUAGAUGAUUUGAUAGAGAAACUGGUGAAGAAACUGGAAUUGCUCAGAGAGCUAGAUAACACUUAUAUUUUUUAUACCUCAGACAAUGGCUUCCAUACAGGACAAUUUUCGUUGCCGAUAGACAAACGGCAGCUCUAUGAGUUUGACAUUAAAGUUCCAUUGCUAGUUCGAGGACCAGGGAUCAAACCAAACCAGACAAACAAGAUGCUUGUUGCAAACAUUGAUUUGGGUCCCACUAUUUUGGAUAUCGCAGGGUUUGACUUAAAUAAGACACAGAUGGAUGGGAUGUCACUGUUGCCAUUACUGAGAGGAGACAAAAAUGUGACCUGGAGAUCAGAUGUCUUGAUUGAGUAUCAAGGAGAAGGUCAUAACAGCAGCGAUCCUAUGUGCCCCGCACUGGGACCUGGUGUUACUCAUUGUUUUCCAGACUGUGUGUGUGAAGAUUCAUAUAAUAACACUUACGCUUGUGUGAGGACACUGUCAGCUUUAUGGGAUUUGCAGUACUGUGAAUUUGAUGACCGGGAGGUUUUUGUGGAAGUCUACAACUUGACUGCAGACCCACACCAGCUUACUAACAUUGCUAAAACAAUAGACCAGGAAAUUUUAGAGAAGAUGAACUAUCGACUAAUGAUGUUACAGUCCUGCUCAGGAGCAACUUGUCGCACGCCAGGCGUCUUUGACCCAGGGUACAGAUUUGACCCACGCCUAAUGUUCAAUCAUGGUAUUUGGGCUCACAGACUUUCCACGCGGUCUCUGUAACAGCAUUAAUCAGCCAGCUUCCUGUGCUCAUUUCUUCAGAGGGACUCCAGCAGGUCUGCCUGCAUCUAACCUACAAUAAUUACAUCUGGAAGACUCAGUCAACUGGCUUUGUUAAAAAUUUGUCUGAGGGGGGCAGAAUCAAGUUGUCUUUAGAGGUUUGCCUUUUGCCCUGUGUAUAUUUUACAACUGAACUGUAAUUCUCAACAAUCAAACUUAGCUAAUCUGUCUCAUAUCUAGUCUUUUUCAUAUCAGAGGUAUGGUGCUGACCUGGGACCUACAGGUCUAACUUGGAUUUAUUAUGUUUUGUAUGAAGAAAGACCAAGUUUAUAAACUGAAUCAGAUUAACCCAGGGCAGGCCAUAUUACACAGAAAUCAUCACCCAUCUUCAUUCACUCCUAUACAGACUUUUCUAAAAGCUAAGUGUUAAUUACAGGUGUUCAAUGUUGCUCUUAAAGUUAACCUGGGGCAAACUACCAUAGUAUGGCAUAGAAGAAUAUAAGGCAGAGAGCUAUAGGAUCUGACUAGACACUAACCAUCUUGCAGACUUUAAAGUACUGUAUUAAUAAUCUCUACCAUGACUAUUUCAAACUAGAAUAAUAAAAAUACUCCUCUCACAGGCCUGUGUUUAAGCAGCUUUCAGACACAAGGAUACUCUUUCUGUUUCCAAUUCAGUACAUUUGUAACAGGUUCUUAGAAGUAACUACUCUUAUGUUUUAAUGUAACCUAUUUUGAAAUAGGGUUUUUUAAUAUGCUAAAACUAAUCUGAAGUUUUGGAAUAAAACGGAGUGCCUGCAUGUUGGUCAUGAUGAACUAGCUCUGCUUUAGUAAACUGAAUUGUAGUAAUCCUCAGGAAAUACGGAAAUGAGCAUCACAAAGUAGUCGUCAUGUGCAUGUCAUCUCCAGCCUUCAAGUAUCUUGUUAAUCUGACAUGUUUAGUUAUUCACAUGAUGCAUAAAGUUAAAUGGGCUUUGCCUCCUGAAAAAUAAAAACAACAAAUCCUCACUUAGCAGAAAUCAUGGUAAGAAGACUACUUCGGUCAGUUUGAGUGUUUCUGCCAAAGAGCUGCUUCUGGGCUGAAAACUACCUCCAUUCUGCCCUUCAUGUUAAAGGAUUCUGGUAUGUUACUGCUUUGGUAUUUGGAUGAAGAGUCAGUUGUCUGUCUGCCACCUAGUGAUGACACUAUUCACUCUUAAAAAAAUACUGUCAUGGAUUUAAUGUGAUAUUUGUGUGUUCAGAAUACUGACUGCCUUUUUAAAUUUAGAAAAUCACGCAAGUUCAAGAACCAGCAAGCUUACUAAAUUAAUCUCUAUAAAAAUACAUUACCAAGCCAUCUACUAAAAACCUCCUGGAUUACUCUCUUCAUCAAGAAAAUUAUUCUGCUUGAAGGCAGUUGAAUUGUAGCUUAAGGAGAAAACUUAGAUUUUUUUCAUUGUCAGAUUAUGCUAUAGUAAAGCUCUCCUCAUUUUAAACUGUUGCUAGUUACCUAUUCUGUUUUAAUAAACCUAUUUAUCAAUUUAGAAAACAACAUAUUUAAGUCAGAAGAACUGGUAUUUCCUGCAUUGGUGCUUUAUCAAGCAGAUGAAACAAUAUACCAAGGGUUUUUUUUCUUCUUCAGAUAGCUAACACAAGAUAAUCUCUAAUUUCAGAAGUCAAAAAGUACACCCCAUUUUACAGCUCUUUGAAGCUGGUAAAAGCAACAUUUAUAAAGAUAGCAUUGACUAAAUUUAACUUGAGUAUUGACAAAUUCAGCAUUUUGUGGCCUUCCAGCAGGAGGUAAAGUUGUUUCUAUCCAUAAUCAGAUGGUGAACAGAUUUAAUUUUGCCUCACAAAUCAGAACAUGUAUGUUGUCCAUCCAGGGGCAUUAGAGAUGCCUGGGAAAAACAGCUGUUGAAAAGAACCCUAAAAACUAAGGGAACAUACUGAGAGUGUUUCUCUGCAUAUUGUAACACCAUAUAAGUUCAUCUCUUCCCAUUAAAUUACUUGGAAAUAUUUUAUUUUCUUGACCAUAAUUUUGAUUUUUCAAAUCUUCUACUCCAUUCACCAAAACCUCUCAUCUCACUACACUGUCCUUGAACCUGUGUAUAUUCUACAAAUACCUUUCCUCAAUCAGUAUGUACCAAGCAUACUAUCUUUUUCCUUAACCAUCUGUUAGGUCCUAUAACAAUUUUAUGCUCCAAUUCUUUGAUCAAGCCAAAAAUUAUCAUAACUCAUUUAACAAUAUAUUUGGCAGACAUUUCUACACUAGGUUUGUGUUCAUCUUUUUAGUUAAACUUGCUGGUGGUUGUACUUAAUUGUACAAUGUAAUGGAUUUAGUGAGGAAAGUCUUCAGUGACGUAGGCAUGUAACUUGGAGCAUUACUGUCCAAAAUGUUCUAGCUGGUCAUACACCUGACAUUCCGGUUAGUAUGUUUACUAAGUGUCAGCAAUGCAAUGGUUAUCAUUGUCUGCAAUGUUGGUGUGUUUCAAGGUACACCUUUCCCUUGUGUAAAAAAACACUACUAGAUAGUCAUGACCAAAAGUAACUUGAUAUACCACUUUUCCUGAUAUGGCAUGGUUGGUUAGCAGGAAGAAUUUUAUUCUUUAAUGACAACUGUAUAUCCUGCAUAUUGUACCUUCCUUAGUUAAUUGAGAUGAAAAUUGAUUGUAUAGAACUGAUGUAGACUAUCCAGUAAGUCUGAUCAGAGAAGAGAAUUUUACUUUAAUUAUACAUGCUGUUAGUAUUUUUUUUUAUGUGGAAACCAUACUGGUCAGUCAUUUCAAUUAUCACCAGACUUGUUUCCUUACAUUCUCUUUCUCAACUGACCCUGAGUCUUACCACACCCACAUUUGUAUUUUAGUAGUAGUGUAAUUUACCAUAGAAAAUCUUGACAUCGCCACAUUGUAUUCAUCACUCUUGUGACUUUGCAAAAAGCCAAACAUUUCUGAUGAAGCCUGCAUUGUAAGGCUGUCUUAAGCUGAGUUGAAUAUCAGAGGCACACAGCUGAAGAGAGAACAGUAACAAUCAAUUGCUGCCCUGUUUGUUGUUCUGAUUCAACUGUUCGGUGUGGUUUUUUGUUUUUUUUCCCCCCAGGAUGCAAUUAAGCCUAUGGAUAUUUUCAUAUUCCUUGAAUGAUCAAUAUUCACUUUAACUGAAAUAACAUAUUAGGAAGGAACUUUAACUUACAGCUAUACCAAAUUCCCAAACACAGCUGGCUCAAAAAUUGAGUCUUCCUAUGUUCCCUUUUAAUAACACUUUGAACAUGGCAUUGUCUACUUGCACCUUAUUACUUGAGCCAUUUAACUGUUGGAAAUGAAUAGAGGCCUUACUAAAUACUAGUCUCUUUCAUAUAAAAUGUGAUUCUAGCUCAUUUUUUAAAUGUAAAUGCUCAUUUCUCAUAAUCUAAUCUGAUAAAGCUGAUACUGUAUUCUGCAAAACAUAGCAACACAAAUGUAUUGCAGCAGAAACAAAAGUAUUGAAUCUAUUAAAACAUCUUAAUCACUUAAUUGAAAGUAUUGUCACUGUAGCAUGAGUGAGGGUACCUGAUAUCUGCUUACAUGGCCAGGAAAUUGACUUCUUGCCUGUCAAGGAGUAAAUGUUGCUUUCACGAAUUGUCUUCUAGAGUGCUUAUCUUAAAUCAUCUGUAGUAAGGGUAGUAGUCUUAAAAUAACUCUGUAAAGUCUAAAUAUGUUUAAAUUGAUCCACUAUACAAGCCAAAUGCAAGCAUGUGGUUGUAAUUCUACUGAACCAGUGAAAAUGGCUGUUAAAUUAUUUUUAAUGUACGACUUUAUAUGUGUUCCUAACUUCCUUUUAUGCAGUUUAACUGUACUUCACUGUGGAUUUAUUAAUUUCUGCUCUAUUGUACCACAACUGUUUUGUUUAGAAAGUGCCCUUCAAAGGACCCUGUUCACUGCUGCACCUUUUUGAAAAUAAAGAUUUGUCUAUUAGGAA